GCAGUUGCCACGAAUCACCGCGGCAGUUGCCACGAAUCACCGCGGCAGUUGCCACAGAAUCGAGGCAGUUGCCACGAAUCACCGCGGCAGUUGCCAAGCGGUUAGAGCGGCACAUCACCUGGAUCCCUGCCUGUGUUUGAGAGGCAACCAGAGAGUAAAAUGCCAAAAGUAAAGAGGAGUCGCAAGCCGCCCCCAGACGGCUGGGAACUCAUUGAGCCCACCUUGGACGAGCUGGAUCAGAAGAUGAGAGAAGCUGAAACAGAGCCUCAUGAGGGAAAGCGAAAGGUGGAGUCUCUCUGGCCAAUUUUCAGACUGCAUCACCAGCGAAGUAGAUACAUCUUCGACCUCUUCUACAAAAGGAAAGCCAUCAGCAGAGAGCUGUAUGAUUACUGUAUAAAAGAAGGCUAUGCCGACAAGAACCUGAUAGCCAAGUGGAAGAAGCAGGGCUAUGAGAACCUGUGCUGUCUGCGAUGCAUCCAAACCCGAGACACCAACUUUGGAACCAACUGCAUCUGCAGAGUUCCCAAGAGCAAGCUGGAAGUUGGCAGGAUCAUUGAAUGCACACAUUGUGGAUGCAGAGGAUGUUCUGGCUAAGUGAAGACAUCCUGUCUUCUUUCCGUUGGUCAUCAGGGCUCACCCAGUCACCAUCUGUGCCCUCAUAACCCUUUCAGCCAGAAACAAAUCACUGAUGUCAUCAUUAUCCUCAGUGUCCCUUAAAGGGUUGGGUUGUUGAAAACUGGAGAACACACAGUGGCCAUAGUGUAAUACUUGCAUUUGUUUUUCUACGCAACGAAAGCCCUCAACUCCCAACAGCUCAAAGUAGGAUUUUGAGGUUAGCUGUUUCUGGAUAAGGCCUCUCAUUCCAGCUAGUCAUACUCAUUGUUAUAAUCAUUUUAAAUUCAGUUUUUCAUUUAAAUUGAAGAGAACUGGAGGUGAGUUUAGUUUUGAAAUGUCAUUGUGUUAAUCCUCCAGUCUUCAUCUUUCUUGUGUAAUUUUAAAUAAAACAAUUCUGAUUCACCUGA